AUGCUGCGGGUUCGGUUAUGGCCAAUGAUCUUGGGGCUGUGUGCUGGUAUGAAGGAGCUCGCAGACUACGUCAUCAAGAAUGCGCCUGCCGGGGACAUCGAUGCAGCGUUGGAGAAGUUUGUCCAGUAUAGUGAGAAGAAGCGGCUGGGACUUCACCUCGGUCGUGCGAAAGGGCAAACCAUCGAAGACUCCGUCCGGAAAGGGUUGGAAGGGCUGCCUGAAGGAACUCCAGCAGCUGUCUUGGAGCUCGGCUGCCAUGCAGGAGACGGUACGCUUAGCAUCCUGUCGGCCUUAAAGUACCGGCCGGGCAGUACGAUUGUCAGCACAGAGGGCAACGAGGAAUGGCUCGCUGCUGCCAAGAGAGUCGUGGCUCAUGCUUCACAGGGUCAGGAUGUGAGGUGGAUCCCUGUGGACAUGAAAGCUCCGGACAUAGAACGGCUUCUGAGCACGCUGCAGGCCCAGGGCGUCGACCGGCUCGACUCCAUGGUCUUUGACCAUGAGGAGGAUCUCUUCCUACCAGACCUGCAGAGAAUCCUGCAGCAGAAGCUGCUACGCAUAGGGGGCACCGUCCAGGUGGACAACGUCAAAAGGAAAGCUCGAGCUUUGUCGAAGUACAUGGAGUUCGUUGGCACAGGUCGGAACGGUUUCAGCACCGAAGUCCUAUCCGUCAGCGACCCGUACCCAGACUCCAUUGCCAUCUCCCAAUGGCUUGGCACACCGGAGCUCUGA